UGCUUAGACGGCACAGUAUUUAAAAUGUUAUAUCGUGAAUCGUUUAAUAUAGCCUUGGUUUCAAGAGCUAGAGUGGUUAUAAUUCUCUUAACACAAGACUAUAGUAUGUAUGUAUUUACAGGGACUAGGACAUCAUGAUAAUUGUUUUUAGGAUUCUAUUUCUUCACUCCAUAGUAUAGGAAUUGGGUGAUGAGCUUAUGGGUAGUAUACAAUGUAUUCGAUCGUUUUACUAUUGUAGUAUUAAGUGUUUUUUUAAUAAAAAAGGUAAAAUCUUACAUUGUUAAAAAAAUGCACACUACUCCUAAUUUUGUAGUUAUCUGUUAAAAUUACCCUUUUUGAUCUCGUUUCUUCUUUAUUUAUCUUUUUAGGUCAACUUAGGUGUAUAUUGCAAAAUAGACCUAAGAGUACUUAGCUUUUUGCUCCUAGAUGCCUUUGUCGUUGCUUUGUUUUGCAUGUCUUUUCAAUUUCUUGAUAAUGUUUUUGUGCCUACCUGUUUUUGUUUCCUCCCCUACUAUCAAUUUCCACAUCAUUAUUCUCUACACACUACGUUUUGGAUUUUACUCGACCAAACCAUUGGAUCUUAAAAAAUCAGUCUAGCUUUUUAUUUAUUUAACAAUAUUUUUGUAUGAGUUGGCUUGAAAUCUUUUUGCAACUAGAUAUGUACUUGCGGCAUUUUGGAACGAUUUCUCAAUAUCCGAAUGAUAUUGGGGCAAGACAAUAUACUAAAGUCUAUUGUCGGUACGCCAAAAGUCCAAACUAGUGUGAACUACAAUGGGCAAGUGUGUGCUUGGGUGAAAUGCUUAUCAGGUCUCAGCCAAUAAGGAAGUGUUACUAGAUUAACACAAAAUGGAUAUAUACGUGUUUGCACCUGUGGUUAUUAUUUUGCAAGCUUACAUACAGUAGAUUAUAAAGUUUAGGUAUGAAUCAAUUCUCAGAAUCUUAGAUAUCCGACUCUAUAAACUAGUGCACAUGCUAUUGACCCAAAACUUUUUUAAAAAAAUUGUAAAAGAAACAUGGGGCAUGAGUCUAGGAUGAUGAUACCCCCAGCAAAAUCGAAAACAGUGGGACCGAACACGGCCUAAACCUUGUUCUUAAACAAUAUAAUCUUCUUAGGACAAAGCGAGAGUGUACCAUUGAGAUUCACUUAGCUUGGACUUUGCACACUUUGUGAAUGUUGUUGAGUUUACGAAGAAUAAGGUUCCAAGCACAAGAAGAUGUCCUUUCUAAUAAAUUAAUUAAUUAGAGAAACUUGAGUUGGGAUUCACAGCCACCCCUGCUGUCUGUCGACAAAAGUCACAAAACUCAGAGCCAGGCUCCGAUACUCGUUUCUGCUUUCCAAUAAAAUAUCAAAAAACAAUACUAGAAUGCUUUACGGGUACUUUAACCUUGUAAUUAAUUUAUUACUAGUAUAUGUAUAUAUCCAAGUGGAGGUCAUGUGUACAAAAUAAUUGAUCAAAUAUUUACUUGCAACAAAUCAAUCAAUUAAAAAUCAAAAGUUGUCCCACUUUCUUUUGGCCAAUAUAUACAGACACACCUAAACUGUAAAAGCCGAAGCUAGUCUAAACGUCAACAUGGCUGGUUCAGUUAGUAAAGAGUGCAUGAUAAGUCUUAUAAUGAUCUUUUUCACAUGGUCUCUCUGUGCAACUUCAAAUGAUCUGCUUAGCUGCGACCCAAAAGAAUCCUCUUCCUCCUCCUCAACUAGCUACGUUUGCCACUCAAACCUCCAAAAGUGCCGCACUUUCGCCACUCUAAGAGCCAAUUCUCCCUUGAGGGGCCAUGAGUUACAAUUUAUCCCGAUUGACUGCACAUGUAAUGGAAGGUUCUACGAGGCUCAUCUGUUCAAAACUUGCGUUAAAGGCCUGACCACGUGCCUGUCUAUAAGAGACAAGAAUCCUCAGGUAUCAGAGGAGAGCCUGGAGGAGAAGGUUAAGUUGCGGUUGGGGGUCAAGUGUUGUUGUCCAGAAGAAGGCGCCGCAAGGUUUCUCGUCACAUAUCCGGUGAGUGAGGGGGAAAGCGUUUCAAGCUUGGCAGACAAGUUCAACACAAGAGAGGAUGCUGCUAUUGUCUCUGCAAACAACAAUUCUGGAGUGGUUCCACGCACCCCUGCUCUCAUACCUCUUGAUCAUAAACCCCAGAACACCCUGCCGAGUCGCCAGAAGAAAAAGCGGUCAAAGAUGAAGAAGCUGAUGAUCGCUGUGAGCAGCGCGAUUGCUGGGGUUAUGGGUCUUAUCACUCUCAUAGUGUUGGGUUACUUGCACUGGAAGAAAGAGACGCGUCUGCAAAGCUGGAUAAGCAAUAAAGAUCCAGAGACGCGGCAGCUGAGCCUGAGCAUCCGCACCACCAGUGACAAGAAAAUCUCCUUUGAAGGGUCGUCACAGGAGGGUUCCAUAUUGGAUUCUGUUGCUGUCGUUGGCACCACAACUCCCCGAAAGCCCGUUGUGGAGAUUUACGCGUUGGAGGAGCUGGAGAAAGCCACUGAGAAUUUCAGCUCAACCAAUCACAUCAAAGGUUCCGUUUAUUUCGGUUCUCUCAAAGGCAAAGACUUGGCUGUCAAGCAAGUGAGCGCCGGUGUAAUGAAAAGAUUCGACUUCGGGCUUCUCAACGAUCAGUCACACUACUACAGUCACAACCUGGUGAGGGUUCUUGGGACAUGUUCCCCCCCGGGCCCGGAUGAGGGUGCUUCUUAUCUGGUUUUCGAGUACGCAAAGAAUGGGUCUUUGUGGGAUUGGCUCCAGAACAAAUUGGCCAUCAAGAAUCAAUUCAUCGAGUCUUGUUACUGUUUCUUGGCAUGGAAACAGAGGAUCAAGAUCUGCCACGAUGUCGCCAUCGCCUUAAAGUUUAUGCAUCGGAUUAACUAUGUUCACGGCAACAUCACGAGCAGGAACAUUUUCUUGAAUGAAGAUCUUAGAGGUAAAGUCGGAAACUUUGGCAUGUCGUCGUCAAAGGAUGACAACAUUGGUUCUUCCAUGUCUCCAGCUACUGACGUCUUCUCUUACGGGAUCAUCCUAAUGGAGGUUUUGUCUGGACAAACCCCAGAGAUGUUGCUUGGACCGCAAGAAGAAAAUAGGGCUAAUCCCGAGUGGAAGAGACUGAGAGAGUUUAUGAUGGGGGAGAAGGAAAUGCUAAGGGAAGUGAUGGAUAGCACGUUUGGGGAGAGCUAUUCAGUUGAUUCUGCCUAUGAAAUGGCAAGACUUGCAACAGACUGUACAGCAGAAGAAGCAGAGCUAAGGCCGAGCGCGGCUGAGAUUGUAGAGAGGGUUUCGAGAUUGGUGGAUGAAGAUGAGUCAGUAACAAUAAUAGAGAGAGAUAAUACCACCUUGAUUUCAGAGAGUUCUUACAAGCCUUUGGUAAGGAAAGGAGAUGAAUGCUAAGUUAUAUAUUAUUAUUGCAUCAUGACCCUAAACUCAUCAAACUAAUAAUUCCAUCCCUAUUAAUAUCAAAUUGCGAGAUCAUAAACUAAUAAUUGCUAAGUUCUUCAUAGAUUACAAGGAAAAGAGGGAUGCGAGUUUCUAUCUUUCUUUUCUUGAAUUUUUUGGCUUUAGAAAUGUGUAAUACUUUUUAUAACAAGAGAGAGAGAGAGAGAGAGAGAGAGGAUGGGGGAGCAUAAAUGUUGGACUUGUUAAUAUAUUCUUUAAAA